AUGUCGUUCAAAAUAUUGUCCUGCGCCAAAGACGCAGCCGUCACAAGGGAGCUUACACAAGAUGUAGUACUAGACAUGUACCGCAAGAUGGUGCUGUUGAACACUUUAGACGGGAUCAUGUUGAACGUCCAACGACAGGGUAGAAUUACGUUCUACAUGACGAGCUACGGGGAGGAGGCCGCCCACAUGGGCAGCGCGGCAGCUCUGGACCCCGCUGACGUCAUCUUCGGACAGUACAGGGAAGCAGGAGUUUUCCUGUGGAGGGGUUUUACGCUGGACGACAUGAUGAACCAGUGUUUCAGCACACAUCGGGACGUCCACAAGGGAAGGAUGGUCCCUAUCAACUACGGCUCACGGGAUAUCAACUUCGUCUCUAUGUCUUCACCACUCGGAACACAGAUGCCACAAGCCGCUGGUGCAGCCUACGCGAUGAGGAUGUCGGGAAAGCCCCUGUGCGUGGCAUGUUACUUUGGAGACGGUGCCUCUAGUGAAGGAGACGCGCAUGCCGGCUUCAACUUUGCUGCUACACUCGACUGUCCUCUCAUAUUCUUCUGUCGCAACAACGGAUAUGCCAUUUCAACACCAACGUCAGAACAGUAUAGAGGAGACGGAAUUGCAUCUAGGGCCAUCGGAUACGGGAUCUCAACCAUUCGGGUAGACGGAAACGACGUGUUCGCGGUGUACAACGCCACAAAGGCGGCCAGGGAGGUCUGCAUUAAGGAGAGCAAACCUGUGCUUAUAGAGGCCAUGACUUACAGAAUUGGAGAUCACAGCACGAGCGACGACAGCACCAUCUACCGAUCAUCAGAAGAAGUGCACCAUUUCAAACAGGACAGCCCGAUAACCCGACUCCAGACUUAUCUCACCCAAAAUAAUCUGUGGGACUCGGAUAAAGAGACUGCGUACCGUGAGGAGGCUAAAAGCAAGGUACUGGAGGCGUUCCACGGCGCCAAGGAUCGGAAGAAGCCGCCGAUCUCCGACCUGUUGACGGACGUGUACGACAGAAUGCCUGCACACCUGGAGAGCCAGGCGGCGGAAGUCAUGCGUCACGUUAACACAUACAGCGACCAAUACCCCGUACAAGACUUCAUGGAAGAUGUAGAAACUGAAAGGCUGCAUGAUGAUGU